UAUGAGCCGAGCUGAAGGCAAAAUAAUGAAUACUAUAUUAUUUUAUUUUAACUUAGUGUUCCAUUUUCUAUGAAUGAAUAACUUAGUCACUCGACUUUUGUUAACUGAAUCAAUAAUUCUUGUUUCUAUCAUUAAUUUACAAAGCAGGUACCAUCGUUUUGUGUAAUUAAGUGGGCACAGAGCAUCACUAUAUCGGAUUCCAUCGUGAAGAUCUCGAUAUCUAUCAACUCAGGGGUUGCAGUACCGAGUUUCGUCGACUCGGCUAUCAUCGGACAAAAAUGGAAGUGUGGGUGAAAGUGGAGCUCUUAUGCGACGAAGAGCUCGGUUCCGACUAUGACGGCCACGGUGAGGGGCAUGUCACAGAAGCCGGGCAGUCCUUAGAUAUCUUGUCCGCACUGCCCAAAAAAGAAGCUCCAAAUGCAAUGGAAAAAUGUCAGAAUAUUUUAAACAAAGAAGUUGAUGUUACUGAGAAAACUAUAGAUAUAAAAGAAGAAAUAGAAAUGGAGAAAGAAAAUGUAGACAAGAAGGAAGCUCCAGAUUUUGAGAACAGUAUAAAGCUCAAAAAAAUGGUACUGGAUGAGAAGACAGAGCCCUUGCUGGACGAGGAGCUGUAUGCGAACUGUGUGGUCAAGGACGAGCUCGUGCUGGGCCCAGAGGCAGUGCAGAUGCCCCAUAAGGUGGGGCUGAAUGACGAACCGAGCCUGCUUGUCUGCAACCUGGACACCGCAGAGCAACACAGAUAUGAGUGUGACAUUUGCGGCAAAGUUUAUCGACGAAAACAUUUCCUGGUUCGCCAUAUGAAGCUGCACUCGAAGUACAAGAAUACGGUUUACCCAUGUAAUGUAUGUAUGAAAGUGUUUUCAAAACGGAGUGCUUUGAACAAACAUGAACUGUCACACACUGGCGCGAAAAGAUUUUCAUGUGAGACGUGUAAUAAACAGUUCACUCAAAAUAAUAAUUUAAAGCUACAUAUACUCACACACACGGGUGAGAGGCCAUACGCCUGUAACAUGUGUCCAAAGCGGUACAGACAACAAAGUUAUUUAAUUAUACAUAAACGAAAACAUACUGGAGAAACACCAUACUCCUGCGAAUAUUGCGAAAAGAAGUUUAGAGAUUCUGGAAGUUUGAUGUCGCACAGACGCGUCCACAGUGAGAAAAACCACGAAGCCGAAAAACCUCAUGUCUGCAAAAUAUGUAAUAAGGGGUUUUCGAGAAUAAGUGUUCUAAACAGACAUGAACAAUUACACACCGGCGCAAAAAACUUUUCAUGUGAGACGUGUAAUAAAAAGUUUACACAAAAAGGCCAUUUACAGGAUCAUAAACUCACACAUACGGGGGAGAGACCUUACGCCUGCAAUAUGUGUUCAAUGCAGUUCAGAAGGUCAACUCAUUUAAUUAUACAUAAACGAACACAUACUGGAGAGACACCGUACUCCUGUGAAUACUGCGAAAAGAAGUUUAGUAGUUCGGGAAGUUUAGUGUCGCACAGGCGUAUCCACACGGGGGAAAAAGCGCACUAUGCCUGCGACAUAUGCAACAAAACGUUUACGGGCAGCCGGGACCUGAUGAGGCAUCAACGAGUACACACGGGGGAAAAACCUUUUGUUUGUGAAAUAUGUAAAAAGGCUUAUAAGCAAGAUGCUCACUUAAAAACUCAUUCAAAAAUACACACUGGUGAUUGGUACCUAUUUGAGAAAUCUUUAUCGUCAACAAGUCAUUUUGUUAGUACCUUUGUUUUGUGUACACUACAUGGGCACAGUACAUCAUUACAUUGGACUCCUGAUCGUGAAGAACUCGUAAUUUAUCCCCUGACUUACAGUGCCAAGUUUCAUCAACACGUCUAUCAUCAGACAGAAAUGGAAGUGUGGGUUAAGGUUAAAGAGGAGCCCUCGUGGGAAGACGACCCCGAGUCCAACUACGACGGCCACGGGCUUGUCACAGAGAAAAAAGAAGCUCUAAAUACAACAGAAGAAUCUCAGAAUAUUUCAACAACAGCCAUUGAUGCUCUUGAGAAAACUUUAGAUAUGAAGGUAGAACUAGAAAUAGAGGAAGACAAUCUAGACAAUAAGGAAGCUCCAGACAUUGAGGAAAGUCUAAAUGAGAAGAAAGUAGCAUUGGAUGUGAAGGCAGAACCCUUGCUGGACGAAGAGCUGUAUGCAAACUGCAUGGUCAUGGAUGAGCUCAUGCUGGGCCCGGAGACAGUGCAGAUGCCACACAAGGCACCUCCGACCGAGGAACCGAGCCUGCUGCUUGCCUGUGGCCUGGAUACCGCGGAGCGACACAGAUAUGAGUGUGACAUUUGCGGCAAAGUAUAUCAACGAAAACAUUUCUUGGUUCGCCAUAUAAAGAUGCACUCGAAAUACAAAAACAAGGUUUACCCAUGCAAUAUAUGUACAAAAGUGUUUUCAAAACGGAGUGCUUUAAUCAGACACGAAUUAUCACACACCGGCGCAAAAAACUUUCCAUGUGAGACGUGUAAUAAAAAGUUUUCACAAAAAGGUCAUUUAAAUGAUCAUAUACUCACACACACGGGGGAGAGACCUUACGUCUGCAAUAUGUGUUUAAUGCAGUUUAAAAGAUCAACUCAUUUAAUUGUACAUAAACGAUCACACACUGGGGAGACACCGUACUCCUGCAAAUAUUGCGACAAGAAGUUUAAAAGUUCGGGAGGUUUAGUUUCGCAUAGACGCAUCCACACCGGGGAAAAAGCGCAAUAUGCCUGCGACAUAUGCAACAAAACGUUCAUGUGCAACCGGGACUUGACGAGGCACCAACGAGUACACACUGGGGAAAAACCUUUUGUUUGUGAAAUAUGUAAAAAGGCUUAUAAGCAAGAUGCUCACUUAAAAACGCAUUUAAAAGUACACACUGGUGAUUCGUGAAAAAAUCACACUCAUGUUAUUGGUGCAAAAUGGAGUUUACGUCAUUAACUAGUUUAAAAAAACAUCAAAAAACAGUUGGGAGAAUCCUUACAGCUGUAAGAUAUAUGCAAAAAAAAAAAAAUUUGGGUAUUUGAGUGUGCUCUAGAAACAUAUCAAACUGAUUCAUGCAGGAAAUUAUGAGUUGGUGAUGAUGCCAAAUGAAGACAUGGCGGGAAGACGGCGCGUAUUUUGCUCUAGGGCCAAAAAGGGGCUAUGGCCCGGCAAGUUGCGAGGAUC